AUGGCAGAUGCGGAGAUGGCCGCCUUUGGGGCUGCUGCUCCCUUCCUGCGCAAAUCAGAGAAGGAACGGCUUGAGGCCCAGACCAGGCCCUUUGACCUCAAGAAGGAUGUCUUUGUGCCUGAUGACAAAGAAGAAUUUGUCAAGGCCAAGAUUGUGUCUCGAGAAGGUGGCAAAGUCACCGCUGAGACGGAGAAUGGCAAGACAGUGACAGUGAAGGAGGACCAGGUGAUGCAACAGAACCCGCCCAAGUUUGACAAGAUCGAGGACAUGGCCAUGCUGACCUUCCUGCAUGAGCCCCCCAUGGGCAUCAUGUCCAUCCUGGAGGAGGAGUGCAUGUUCCCCAAGGCCACCGACAUGACUUUCAAGGCCAAGCUGUAUGACAACCACCUCGGAAAGUCCAACAACUUCCAGAAGCCACGUAAUAUCAAGGGGAAGCAGGAAGCCCACUUCUCCCUGAUCCAUUAUGCUGGCACUGUAGACUACAACAUCCUGGGCUGGCUGCAAAAGAAUAAAGACCCACUUAAUGAGACUGUGGUGGGUUUGUAUCAGAAGUCUUCCCUCAAGCUGCUCAGUAACCUGUUUGCCAACUAUGCCGGGGCAGAUGCACCUGUUGAUAAGGGCAAAGGCAAGGCCAAGAAAGGCUCAUCCUUCCAGACGGUGUCAGCUCUGCAUAGGGAAAAUCUGAACAAGCUGAUGACCAACUUGCGUUCCACCCAUCCCCACUUCGUGCGUUGCAUCAUCCCCAAUGAGACAAAAUCUCCAGGAGUGAUGGACAACCCCCUGGUCAUGCACCAGCUGCGUUGCAAUGGUGUGCUGGAGGGCAUCCGCAUCUGCAGGAAGGGCUUCCCCAACCGCAUCCUCUAUGGGGACUUCCGACAGAGGUAUCGCAUCCUGAACCCAGCAGCCAUUCCUGAGGGGCAGUUUAUUGACAGUAGGAAAGGGGCAGAGAAACUGCUAGGCUCUCUGGAUAUCGAUCACAACCAGUACAAGUUUGGCCAUACCAAGGUGUUCUUCAAGGCCGGUCUGCUGGGGCUGCUGGAGGAGAUGCGGGAUGAGAGGCUGAGCCGAAUCAUCACACGCAUCCAAGCCCAGUCUCGGGGUGUGCUCUCCAGAAUGGAAUUUAAGAAAUUGCUGGAACGUAGAGACUCCUUGCUGAUAAUCCAGUGGAACAUUCGAGCCUUCAUGGGAGUCAAGAACUGGCCUUGGAUGAAGCUCUUCUUCAAGAUCAAGCCACUGCUGAAGAGUGCAGAGACGGAGAAGGAGAUGGCCACCAUGAAGGAGGAAUUUGGGCGCAUCAAAGAGGCACUGGAGAAAUCUGAGGCUCGGCGCAAGGAACUGGAGGAGAAGAUGGUAUCGCUGCUGCAGGAGAAGAAUGACCUGCAGCUCCAAGUUCAGGCGGAACAAGACAAUUUGGCUGAUGCAGAAGAGCGCUGUGAUCAGCUGAUCAAAAAUAAGAUCCAACUGGAGGCCAAGGUGAAAGAGAUGACGGAGAGGCUAGAGGAUGAAGAAGAGAUGAACGCUGAGCUCACUGCCAAGAAGCGCAAGCUGGAGGAUGAAUGUUCAGAGCUCAAAAGGGACAUUGAUGACCUGGAGCUGACACUGGCCAAGGUGGAGAAGGAAAAGCAUGCAACAGAGAACAAGGUGAAGAACUUGACAGAGGAGAUGGCUGGGUUGGAUGAAAUUAUUGUUAAAUUGACCAAAGAGAAGAAAGCUCUGCAAGAAGCUCACCAACAGGCUCUGGAUGACCUUCAAGCAGAGGAGGACAAGGUUAAUACUCUCACCAAGGCCAAGGUCAAGCUGGAGCAGCAAGUGGACGAUCUUGAGGGAUCCCUGGAGCAGGAAAAGAAGGUACGCAUGGACCUGGAGCGAGCAAAGCGGAAGUUGGAGGGUGACCUGAAGCUGACCCAGGAGAGCAUCAUGGACCUGGAGAACGACAAGCAGCAACUGGAUGAGCGGCUGAAAAAGAAGGAUUUUGAACUGAAUGCUCUCAACGCAAGGAUAGAAGAUGAGCAGGCCUUGGGUAUCCAGUUACAGAAGAAGCUCAAAGAGCUUCAGGCGCGCAUUGAGGAACUGGAGGAGGAGCUGGAGGCUGAGAGGACAGCCCGGGCCAAGGUGGAGAAGCUGCGUUCGGAGCUGUCCCGAGAGCUGGAGGAGAUCAGUGAGCGGCUGGAAGAGGCUGGUGGGGCCACAUCCGUGCAGAUCGAGAUGAACAAGAAGCGUGAGGCUGAGUUCCAGAAAAUGAGGCGAGACCUGGAGGAGGCCACACUGCAGCACGAAGCCACAGCCGCGGCCCUGCGCAAGAAGCACGCAGACAGUGUGGCCGAGCUGGGUGAGCAGAUUGACAACCUGCAGCGGGUGAAGCAGAAGCUGGAGAAGGAGAAGAGUGAGUUCAAGCUGGAGCUGGAUGACGUCACCUCCAACAUGGAACAGAUCAUCAAGGCUAAGGCUAACCUGGAGAAGAUGUGUCGGACCCUGGAAGACCAGAUGAAUGAGCACCGAAGCAAGGCUGAGGAGACCCAGCGUUCUGUCAAUGACCUCACCAGCCAGCGGGCCAAGCUACAAACUGAGAAUGGUGAGUUGUCCCGGCAACUGGAUGAGAAGGAGGCGCUGAUCUCCCAGCUGACCCGAGGCAAGCUUACGUACACUCAGCAGCUGGAGGACCUCAAGAGGCAGCUGGAGGAGGAGGUUAAGGCAAAGAAUGCCUUAGCACAUGCCCUGCAGUCAGCCCGGCAUGACUGUGACCUGCUCCGGGAGCAAUAUGAAGAGGAGACAGAGGCCAAGGCAGAGCUGCAACGUGUGCUGUCCAAGGCCAACUCAGAGGUGGCCCAGUGGAGGACCAAAUAUGAGACAGAUGCCAUUCAGAGAACUGAAGAGCUCGAGGAAGCCAAGAAGAAGCUGGCCCAGAGACUACAGGAUGCAGAGGAGGCUGUGGAGGCCGUCAAUGCCAAGUGCUCAUCAUUGGAAAAGACCAAGCACCGGCUGCAGAACGAGAUCGAAGACCUGAUGGUGGAUGUAGAGCGUUCCAACGCCGCUGCAGCAGCCCUGGACAAAAAGCAGAGGAACUUUGACAAGAUCCUGGCUGAGUGGAAGCAGAAGUAUGAGGAGUCACAGUCAGAGCUGGAGUCAUCGCAGAAGGAGGCGCGCUCCCUCAGCACGGAGCUGUUCAAGCUCAAAAAUGCCUAUGAGGAGUCGCUGGAGCACCUGGAGACCUUCAAGCGGGAGAACAAGAACCUCCAAGAGGAGAUCUCGGACCUGACUGAACAACUGGGCUCCAGUGGAAAGAGCAUCCAUGAGCUGGAGAAGGUCCGAAAGCAACUGGAGGCAGAGAAGCUGGAGCUGCAGUCAGCGUUGGAGGAAGCAGAGGCCUCUCUGGAGCAUGAAGAGGGCAAGAUCCUGAGGGCCCAGCUGGAGUUCAACCAGAUCAAGGCAGAGAUAGAGCGGAAGCUGGCCGAGAAGGACGAGGAGAUGGAGCAGGCCAAGCGCAACCACCUGCGCGUGGUGGACUCGCUGCAGACCUCCCUGGACGCAGAGACACGCAGCCGCAAUGAGGCUCUGCGGGUGAAGAAGAAGAUGGAGGGAGACCUCAAUGAGAUGGAGAUCCAGCUCAGCCAUGCCAACCGCAUGGCUGCUGAGGCCCAGAAGCAAGUCAAGAGUCUUCAGAGCUUGCUGAAGGACACCCAGAUUCAACUGGAUGAUGCAGUGCGUGCCAACGACGACCUGAAGGAGAACAUUGCCAUCGUGGAGCGGCGCAACAAUCUGCUGCAGGCUGAGCUGGAGGAGCUGCGGGCCGUGGUGGAGCAGACAGAGCGGUCUCGGAAGCUGGCCGAGCAGGAGCUGAUCGAGACCAGUGAGCGGGUGCAGUUGCUGCACUCUCAGAACACCAGCCUCAUCAACCAAAAGAAGAAAAUGGAUGCAGACUUGUCCCAGCUCCAGACGGAAGUGGAGGAGGCAGUGCAGGAGUGCAGGAACGCUGAGGAGAAGGCCAAGAAGGCCAUCACAGAUGCUGCCAUGAUGGCAGAAGAGCUGAAGAAGGAGCAGGACACGAGUGCCCACCUGGAACGCAUGAAGAAGAACAUGGAGCAGACCAUCAAGGACCUGCAGCACCGGCUGGAUGAGGCAGAGCAGAUUGCCCUCAAGGGUGGCAAGAAACAGCUGCAAAAACUGGAGGCCCGUGUGCGGGAGCUGGAGAACGAGCUGGAGGCCGAGCAGAAGCGCAAUGCAGAGUCGGUCAAGGGCAUGAGGAAGAGUGAGCGCCGUAUCAAGGAGCUCACCUACCAGACGGAGGAGGACAGAAAGAACCUACUGCGGCUGCAGGACCUAGUGGACAAGCUGCAGUUGAAGGUCAAGGCCUACAAGCGCCAGGCUGAGGAAGCAGAGGAGCAGGCCAACACCAACCUGUCCAAGUUCCGCAAGGUGCAGCAUGAGCUGGACGAGGCAGAGGAGCGGGCAGACAUAGCCGAGUCCCAGGUCAACAAGCUUCGGGCCAAGAGCCGCGACAUCGGCACCAAGGGCUUGAAUGAAGAAUAA